GUCACAUUUAGGAGCACGAGCUUGCCGGCAGAGCUGACUUGAGUCUGGAUUACAAGUUACACAUAUUGAAACAUAUUUAUACAAUAUUACCGGCUGUCCAGUAUUCACAAUUCAACAGCAUGUCGUCUUUCAGAAAAGCUUUAAAAUCCCAACAGCGGAAUCAUAAAGAACGAUCGCAGCCCGGUUUCAGGAAACAUUUAGGCUUUCUGGAAAAGAAGAAAGACUACAAACUUCGAGCAGAUGACUACCAUAAGAAGCAGAAUACCUUGGCUGUCCUGCGAAAGAAAGCGCUGGACAGGAACCCAGAUGAGUUCUAUUACAAGAUGGUCAGCUCCCAGCUGCAGGAGGGGGUGCAUGUUGCUAACAAGCCCCGAGGAGAGGAGGAGGUGACGGAGGAGCAGCUGAAGGUGAUGAGGACCAGGGAUGCGCGAUACGUGGAGAUGAAGAGGGUGGCUGAGAUCCAGAAAAUUGAGAGGUUGAAAUCGGAACUGCAUGUCCUGGACGCUGAGGGCAAACAGAGAAACCAGCACACCUUCUUCAUGGACUCGGAGAAAGAAGUCCAGGAGUUUGACCUGGCCAGACACCUGGACACAGCCCCAGAGCUGGUGGGGAGGGUGUUUAACAGACCCACCCUCCUAACUCUGGAGACCAAGACUGUCCAGGGAGCAGUGGAGCCUGGCAGUGUGAAGAGACUGGCCCGGCAGCGUAGACACCAGUACCACCUGCUGUCUCAGCGAGUCGACAGAGAGAAGAAGAUGUUUGUCAUUGCACAGAAGAUCCAGACACGCAAAGACCUGCAGGAUAAGACCUCCAGGGUGAAAGUGCAGAAGGAGACACAAAACACCCCCGCUGUCUACAAGUUUGAGACCAGGAGGAAACGAUGAGGCAUCCAUCUCUCUUCUCUCCCUCCUCCCCUCCACCUCUCCACCACCCCUCUGUCCCUCCUCUCUUCCACCUCUC